AUGGGCGGGCCUUCAGAUUCUGCUUGUUGGAAGAACUGGUUCAGGUUUGGGUAUGAAGAACACAAGGACACUCCUAGUGACAUCCGAAAUGUGCUGCUAAUAGUGGCAGCUCUGGUCACCGCGGUGACCUUCCAAGCCGGGGUCAACCCUCCUGGUGGUGUUUGGCAGGAUGACAGCAAUGGACACAAGGCAGGAAGGGCAAUUUACGCGUCUCACAAAGUAGCAUUCUACGUUUUCUUGAUAUCUAACACAUUUUCUCUUUCCGCCUCCAUCCUUGUCCUUGUUUCUCUGACUCAUGGAUUCCCUUUUCAUUUCGAAAUAUGGGUGGCCAUGGCCUCAAUGUAUGCAACUUAUGCUUCUGCAGUUUUCGCUAUUGCACCGGGUGAAUCAGUGCAUUUUCGCUAUGUUCUGCUUGCAGCUGCUGUGCCUUUUAUAAUGAGAUUUGUGAUUCAGUUGUUCAAGAGGUGGAAGUGA